AUGAGCCAACAGCAGGUCGCUGAUAUGCAAAUUUCACCGAUAAUUAAAGCUGAUGAAAAUAGAUUUCAAGAUAGACUACCACCAAUUAAUAGAUCUACAAUUAAGUACUAAUUCAACUCAGAAGGUUAGGAGAUAUGUAAUCAUCACGCAUUUUGUAGCCAUAACUACGAAUUUAAUGAUCAGUCUCAUAUUUUAAAGCCUUUAAGCUAGCCUUUAAGUAAUUUUAACGGUGUUUAACUUCCUCCUCCUAAAGAUUUAGAUAAUGAUAAUCCUUAAUCAAGAGGUAAUACUGCUCAAAGCGCAAAAAGAUAAAGUAGUAAAGGAGGAAGUAGAGACUCAUAUAAACAAAAUGAAGUUAUUUAAAAAAGGGGAGGUAGUUAGUUGCCUAAUAAUCGUAUUGGAAUUACUGAAGAAGCAUUAGAUGAUUGGAUUGCUUAAAGUUAAAACAGACCUAUUAUUAGUUUCUUAGAUCCAUACAAGAAAUUCAACGUACCCGAUAAGUUACUCAAUGACUUCAGAGUGCGUUAUAGAAAGUGGCUAAAGACUAAAGAAAGAGAUUUUGAAAAAAAACUUCUUUAUUUUGAAGAUAGAUCUAAGAUUAAUAAUAUACCGCAUCAUCAACUUCCUACUAGGAGACCAAGGGAAGCAGAAAAAAACAUAACUUUCCGUUAUAAAGAAUUAUAGCCUAAAUCUAUAAAUGGAACAUCUAUUGUUGUUAGAGAAAAUAAUGUUUGGAAAAAUAUUUCAAGCAAAAUCCAGAAUUCAAGUUUUGAAAAUAGUUAAUUUUUGGAUACAUAUGAUGAUUAGGCUGCUAAAGAUACUUCAUAAUUUUUGAAAAACAUCGAUAAAAAAGAUUCACAAUCUCCUAUAUAAAGAAAUAAGCAAAAUUAAUCCAAUAGUGAUCAUUUAUAACUUAAUCAUACUAGAUUGAGAGGAAAUAAUAAAAGCUUUCAUUUGUCUCAGAAUGCAGCAGAAAGAAAUGUUUCAUCAAAUGAUAACAAUAAAUCUUUCAAUAUACAGAACUCAAAUAUAAAACGCAAUGGCUAACCCUUUAACAGCUCAAUCGAUAUCUCAUAUAAUUAAAAUACACAAGGAGGAAACAAUAAUUUGAGUACUAAUGAGCUUAAUAGAAAUAUUAAUUUAGUUCCUACCUUAAAGUAAAGAGUAAAUGGUGCGUAUAUUAAUUUUUCUAAAUAAAACGAUAGCACUUUUAUGAAUAAUUCUUCAACCAAUGCCAAGAAAAACGAAAAUUCUGGAGAAAAUUUGAGAACAGUUUAUCAUGGUUUAAUUCCUAGAAUUGAGAUGCUUUUGAAAGAUGAAGAUAAGUUUAAGAUUAAAGGAUAGACUUGCCUGACAUAAACUUCUCCUCGUUUAAAUGAAAAAUAAAAUAAUAGUUUAAAUAAUAGCUUUAAUAAUGGAAAUCCUAAUUAACAACAAUAGCAGUAGUAGUAGUAAUAAUAAUAAAAUAACUUCAAUUUAAAUAAUAAUCAGACACUUAUUAUCGAUACAAAUUAAAGAAAGAGUUUUGAUAAACAUGUGGAGUGCAUUACAGAAGUUCCUAAAAUAGAAAAAAAUCUAAUGACUGAAGUAGAAUUUUCAUUUUGGAAAGCUGUUCGCAGAAUUUAAAAAAAUUCAUACAUGCAAGCUGUUUAAUGCUUAAAAGAAACCUUACUUUAUGAUAAACUUCAUGGAAAAUCAAUUUUUAACUUGGGGUGUUUAUAUGAGUAUUUAGGGUAAUAUGAAACAAGCAAAAAAUGGUUUGAUGUAGCUUUGAAAUUAAAUGAAAGUCCUAACUAAGCCAAAUACGGAUUAGCUAUAUGCAACUAUAAGCUUGGAAAUUACGAGAGUUGUUUCGAAAAUAUAGACCAGGUCAUCAGAUGCUCAAGUGAGCCUUCCUAGGAACAUUUGUACUUAAGAGCAGUUUGCAACAAAAAAUUAGAAAAAUUAGAAAGUGCAGCUAAUGAUUAUUAGCAAUUUAUUGAGUAUACUUGCCCUUCGAAUUUCAAUAUGCUUAUGCACCUUAUGUUUGCAAUGAUUUUUAAAAAUAAACGUGACCUAAACGUUAAAGUAGAACCUAAAGUGUUUUGCGAAUUUAAUUCUUUAGUCAGUGAAAUUAUAACUUCUUCUGAAUAUAUUCCAGCUUUACAGCCCUUUUGGGAGGAUAACCAGUGGGUUGAUAUUCAUUUCUUAAUCAAACGUCUUAAAUUACUUUCUUUCUUUAACAGAUUUGAAGAGAACGAUUUAAAGAAAAUUCUAACUACAAUGAAAUUUAACAUUGUUCCUAAAAAGAAAAUUAUAUUCCCAAAAGCAAACGAAGUUCUUGUUAUUGUAGCUGGUCAUAUUUUAGUUCAAGACCAUAUAAAAAAUCUUGAGCAUCCUGAUAUUAUCUCUUACUAUAGUGAAGGUGAUAUAAUCGGCUUCGAAGAAAAAGACAAUGGUUUGUGUACAAUCCCUGAUAUUUGGUUCGCAUCACAAACAGAAGUUGAAACUUUGUCAUUCCCUAAAAGCACUUUUGUAGAUCUGUGGAAAAAGCAUUCAUUUAAUUUAAUUAAAAUAUAAAUAUUAAAUUACAUCUAGCAAAUACCUAUAUUUAAUGGAGUUUCUGAGCUUACACUCUACCGUCUUGCAUUUGAAAUUAUCACAACCCAAACAUUUAACAGAGGUGACAUUAUAUUUAAUGAUGGAGAAUGUGCUGAGCAAAUAAAAUACAUUGAAUUAAAGAAAAAUGAAGGAAAAACAAAGAAUGUGGCAGAGAGGAUGAAUAACAAAAUGACUAAAUUAGACUUUACAAAAAGAAAAAUAAAUGGAUUUUAUAUUGUUAAAGAAGGUAUUUGUGAGUUAGAAACUCCAGCAGGUUGGCUUGAUUAUAAACUAAGUGAAGGAGAUUAUUUUGGAGAAAGUCUUAUGUUUAAUACUUUAAAUGUAAAUAGAUUCGGAAGAAUAAAAGCUAAAAGUGAGAAAGUAGAGUGUUAUUUCCUCCCCCGUUUGUAUUUUGAAAAGAUUCCCUUAUUAGAUAAAAAUAUAAUGUAAAGUAAUUGCCACAAAUCUCCUCGUUUCAAAGAAUGUUAGAGAUACUUAGUUUAAGCAUUUAAAACUUCGAAGUGA